UGGGCGCGGCCGUCCCGCUGCCACUGCCGCCGCCGCCGCCGCCGCCGCCUCUGAGCCCCGAGUGCGCCCGCGGCCAUGGCCCCCGCGGCAGCGCCAGGCGCCUGAGCCCCGGGACGCGAGCAUUGGAGGCAGGCGGCCGGCUGUUCGGGCGCAACGGAGAGGCCGACAGAAGGUGAGCGCUGUGGGCGAUGGGAUGGAUGAGGCGGAGCAGGACCAGCAUGAGGCCCGACUCAAGGAGCUGUUUGACAGUUUUGACACGACGGGCACCGGGUCCCUGGGGCAGGAGGAACUCACCGACCUUUGCCACAUGUUGAGCUUGGAAGAGGUGGCCCCGGUGCUGCAAGAGACGCUGCUUCAGGACAACCUCCUGGGCAGGGUGCAUUUUGACCAAUUUAAAGAAGCAUUAAUACUUAUCUUGUCUAGAACUCUAUCAAAUGAAGAACACUUUCAAGAACCAGCAUCUGUGGGUGUCAGCUGCCAACAAGUAGCUCGGGUGUCUGGGCCGCUCCUGAAUGCUCACAAGCUGACACACUGUCUUCUGAUAAAAGACUGCACUCUCGAAGCUCAGCCCAAAUAUGUUAGAGGUGGCAAGCGUUACGGACGAAGGUCCUUACCUGAGUUUCAAGGAUCCAUGGAGGAAUUUGCAGAGGUGACAGUGAUUGAGCCACUCGAUGAAGAAGCAAGGCCUUCACACAUCCCAGCCAGCGACCACAGUGAGAACUGGAAGACGCAGCGCAGUGAGGAGUAUGAAGCAGAAGGCCAGUUAAGAUUUUGGAACCCAGAUGAUUUGAAUGCCUCACAAAGUGGGCCUUCCCCUCCCCGAGACUGGAUAGAAGAGAAACUGCAGGAGGUUUGUGAAGAUUUGGGGAUCACCCGUGAUGGUCACCUAAACCGAAAGAAGCUCAUCUCCAUCUGUGAGCAGUAUGGUUUGCAGAAUGUUGAUGGAGAGAUGCUUGAAGAAGUCUUCCAUAAUCUUGAUCCUGAUGGUACGAUGAGUGUAGAAGAUUUUUUCUACGGCUUGUUCAAAAAUGGAAAAUCCCUUACCCCAUCAGCAUCUACCCCAUACAGACAAUUGAAAAGGCACCUCUCCAUGCAGUCUUUCGAUGAGAGUGGACGACGGACCACAACGCCGUCUGCAAUGACAAGUACCAUUGGCUUUCGGGUCUUCUCCUGCCUGGAUGAUGGGAUGGGCUAUGCAUCAGUGGAGAGAAUACUUGACACCUGGCAUGAAGAGGGCAUUGAGAACAGCCAAGAGAUCCUGAAGGCCUUGGAUUUCAGCCUUGAUGGAAAUGUUAAUUUGACAGAACUGACGCUGGCUCUUGAAAAUGAACUUUUGGUUACCAAGAACAGCAUUCACCAGGCGGCUCUGGCCAGCUUUAAGGCUGAGAUCCGGCAUUUGCUGGAGCAAGUUGAUCAAGUGGUCAGAGAAAAAGAGAAGCUACGGUCAGAUCUGGAAAAAGCUGAGAAGCUCAAGUCUCUAAUGGCCUCAGAGGUGGACGAUCACCACGCAGCCAUAGAGCGGCGGAAUGAGUACAACCUCAGGAAACUGGAUGAAGAGUACAAGGAACGAAUAGCAGCCUUAAAGAAUGAGCUUCGAAAGGAGAGAGAACAGAUCCUACAACAGGUGGGCAAGCAGCGUUUGGAACUUGAGCAGGAAAUUGAAAAGGCAAAAACAGAAGAGAAUUACACCCGGGACCGCCUUGCCCUCUCUUUAAAGGAAAACAGUCGUCUAGAAAAUGAGCUUCUGGAAAAUGCAGAGAAGUUGGCAGAGUAUGAGAAUCUGACAAACAAACUUCAGCGAAAUUUGGAAAAUGUUUUGGCAGAAAAGUUUGGUGACCUUGAUCCCAGCAGUGCUGAAUUCUUUUUGCAAGAAGAAAGGCUGACACAGAUAAGAAAUGAAUAUGGGCAGCAGUGCAGGCUAUUACAAGACCAAGUAGAUGAACUCCAGUCUGAGCUGGAAGAAUAUCGUGCACAAGGCAAAGUGUUAAGACUUCCCUUGAAGAACUCACCGUCAGAAGAACAUGAUAUUAACAGUGGUUGCGUCGAGCCUGACCAGGAUGCCAGUUGUGUUAUUGAAAGAACCUGCUGCAGGGUCAACAGAUCCGAUGUGUUUUCAGGGCUUGGUUCUGAAGAAUGCAAUCCAUUGAAUAUGAGCAUCGAGGCGGAGCUGGUCAUCGAACAGAUGAAAGAACAACAUCACAGGGACUUGUGUUGCCUGAGACUGGAGCUUGAAGAUAAAGUGCAUCAUUAUGAAAAGCAGCUAGAUGAAACCAAGGUUGCCUGUAAAAAGGAGCAGGAGAACAUGAAGCAAAAGUAUGAGAAUGAAGUGCACAUCUUGGAAGAACAAAUAAGUGACCUUAAAAAUGAAAUUGCAGAACUUCAGGGCCAGACAGUGGUACUCAAGGAGGUACAACACACGGCUAUCUGCAGACAUGAGGAGGAGAAAAAACAACUGGAAAUGAAGUGGGAUGAGGAAAAGGCUCACCUGCAGGAGGAGCUGAGGCUGGAGCAUGAGAUGGAGCUAAGGGCUAGGCUGGAGCAGGCAGAGGAAAGCUUUAAUGGAGAGAGGGAAAAACUCAUUCAAAAUGGUGCCUGGACAGAAGAGAAGGUGAGAAGCUUGACUCAGGAACUAGAACAAGUUCACCAGGAGCAGCUGAAAAGCCUGGUGGAGAAGCAUACUCUUGAGAAAGAGGAAUUGCAAAAAGAGCUCUUGGAAAAACACCAAAGGGAACUACGUGAGGGAAGGGAAAAAAUGGAAACUGAGUGUAAUAGAAGAAGCUCUCAGAUAGAAGCCCAGUUUCAGGCUGACUGUCAGAAAGUCGCUGAGAGAUGUGAAAAUGCUCUGCGAAGUCUGGAGGGGCACUACCGCCGAGAGCUGAAGGAGGUCCUGGAACAACAGCGCGAGGAGAGAUCCCAGUGGGAGUUUGAGAAGGACGAGCUCAUCCAGGAGUGUGCAGAAGCCCAGGAGCAGCUUAAAGAGACUCUCCAGAGAGAGAAAGCGACUUCUCUGGUCCUGACCCAGGAGAAAGAGAUGCUGGAGAAAACAUACAAAGAACAUUUGAAUAGCAUGGUUGUUGAGAGAGAGCAGCUACUCAAAGACCUGGAAGAUCUAAGAACUGUAUCGGAAAGUCAGCAAAGUCUGCUGUCCAGCCAGAUACUUGAGCUGAAGAGCAGUCAUGAAAGAGAACUGAAGGACCGUGAGCAGGUCCUGUGCCAGGCAGGCGCCUCGGAGCAGCUGGCCAGCCAGAGGCUUGAAAGGCUAGAAAGGGAACGUGACCAGGAGAGGCAGGAAAUGAUGUCCAAGCUUCUGGCCAUGGAGAGUGUCUACAAAGCAACCUGUGAGAAAGCAGAUCAAGAGAGGGCUGAGAUGAGCACAGAAAUCUCCAGGCUUCAGAAUAAAAUUAAGGAAAUGGAGCAGGUGGGAUCUCCUCCCUCCAGGCUUCAGAAUGGCUGCCAGGCAAUGGGAAGGGAGGAGGUGGAAGGAAGUGGAGCCAUGUCCCUGCUCCAGCAAGGAGAGCAGCUGUUGGAAGAGAACGGAGAUGUCCUCUUAAGCCUGCAAAGGGCUCAUGAACGAGCAGUGAAGGAAAAUGUGAAAAUGGCAACUGAAAUUUCUAGGUUGCAACAGAGGCUGCAAAAAUUAGAGCCAGAGUCAGUAAUGUCUUCUUGUUUAGAUGAGCCAACUACUGGGUUUUUUGGAAAUUCCAUGGAACAAACAGAGCCAUUUUUACUGCCAAACCGAAUGAAACAAGUAGAAGGUGGAACCAUGCAGCACGUCCUAAGUGACCUGCAAGGCGAUGAGGUCCGGGAUCUGGAAAGUACGGGGACGAGCUCUGGUCAGAGACAGGAGGUCAGAAUAGAGGAGUCUGAAGCAUCAAUAGAGAGUUUUUCUGAGCUUGAAAAUAGUGAGGAGACCAGGACUGAAACCUGGGACCUAAAGAAUCAGAUUGGCCAGCUUCAGGAACAACUAAUGAUCUUACGUGCAGACUGUGAUCGAGCUUCUGAAAAGAAACAGGACUUACUUUUUGAUGUUUCUGUGCUAAAAAAGAAAUUAAAGAUGCUUGAAAGAAUCCCUGAGGCUUCCGCCAAGUAUAAAUUGUUAUAUGAAGAUGCUAGUAGAGAAAAUGAGUGUCUUCAUGAAGAGCUGAGAGUGAUGGAGACGCGGUACGAUGAAGCACUAGAAAAUAACAAAGAACUCACUUCAGAAAUGUUCCAAUUACAGGAUGAGCUAAAGAAAGUUGAAGAAGUGACUGAAACAUUCCUUAGCCUGGAAAAGAGUUAUGAUGAGGUCAAAAGAGAAAAUGAGGAACUGCAUGUUCUGGUUUUGCGACUUCAAGGCAAGAUCGAGAAGCUGCAAGAAAGAGCAGUGCUGCAGUAUGACUGCUUCUCCUUAUGGGAAGCCCAUUUAGAUAACCUGGAAGUUGGACCUGAUGAAAAGGUCCUUGAACUAAAUCAGACACUGGAAGAGUGUGUACCAAAGAUUAUGAAUGUACACCAUAUUAUAGAAGAACAUUGUCAAGAAAACCAGUACCUAGAGCAGGAGAAUACACAGCUCUUAGAAAAAGUAAAAGCACAUGAAAUUGCCUGGCUACAUGGAACACUCCAGACACAUCAAGAAAAGCCUGGAGUACAGAACCAAGUAAUACUGGAGGAAAACACUGCUCUCCUCAGCCUUCAGGACAAACAUUUUCAACGCCAGGCCACAAUCACAGAGUUAGAACGGGAGAAAAAGAAGCUGCAGGAGCUGACUAGAAAGUUGAGGGAAAGAGUCACUGCUUUGGUUAAGCAAAAAGAUGUACCUUCUCAAGGAGAAAAGGAGGAAGAGCUGAAGGCAAUGAUGCAUGACUUGCAAAUCACGUGCAGUGAGAUGCAGCAAAAAGUUGAGCUUCUGAGAUAUGAAUCUGAGAAGCUUCAAGAGGAAAAUUCUAUUUUGAGAAAUGAAAUUACUACUUUAAAUGAAGAAGACAGCAUUUCUAACCUGAAAUUAGGGAAAUUAAAUGGAUCUCAGGAAGAAAUGUGGCAAAAAAUAGAAACCGUAAAACAGGAAAAAGCUGCAGUUCAGAAGAUGGUUGAAAAUUUAAAGAAACAGAUUUCAGAAUUAAAAACCAAAAACCAACAGUUGGAUUUGGAAAAUAUGGAGCUUAGCCAAAAGAAUUCUCAAAAUCAGAAAGAACUACAAGAAGUUAAUCAACGUCUAGCAGAAAUGCUAAGUCAGAAGGAUAAAGAGCCAGGACAUGGUACAUGUGAGGAAUGGGAACAAGAGAAGUCUAAUCUAAAAGAAGAACUGGAACACUGUAAAGUGCAGUCUUCCACUUUAGUGUCUUCUCUGGAGGCAGAACUUUCUGAAGUUAAACUACAAAUUCAUAUUGUGGAACAGGAAAACCUCCUUCUCAAAGAUGAACUGGAGAAAAUGAAACAACGGCACAGAUGUCCCAGUCUCUCUGACUUCCAGCAAAAAAUUUCUAGUAUUCUAAGCCACAAUGAAAAACUGCUGAAAGAAAAGGAGGCUCUAAGUGAAGAAUUAAAUAGCUGUGUUGAUAAGUUGGCAAAAUCAAGUCUUUUAGAGCACAGAAUUGCUACUAUGAAGCAAGAACAGAAGUCUUGGGAACACCAGAGUGAAAGCUUAAAAUCACAGCUAGUGGCUUCACAGGAAAAGGUUCAGAAUUUAGAAGAUACCCUGCAGAAUGUAAACCUGCAAAUGUCCCGAAUUAAAUCUGAUCUACAAGUGACUCAGCAGGAAAAGGAGGCUUUAAAACAAGAAGUGAUGUCUCUACACAAGCAACUUCAGAACGCUGGUGACAAGAACUGGGCCCCAGAAAUAGGCACCCAUCCAUCAGGAUUCCAUAACCAACAGCAAAGGCUGUCCUGGGACAAGUUGGAUCACCUGAUGAAUGAGGAACAACAGCUGCUUUGGCAAGAGAAUGAGAGACUCCAAACCGUGGUACAGAACACCAAAGCGGAACUCACACACUCCCGGGAGAAGGUCCGUCAACUGGAAUCCAACCUUCUUCCUCCUAAGCUCCAAAAACAUCUAAACUCAUCAGGUACUGUGAAGCCCACAGAGCAGGAAAAGUUGAGCUUAAAGAGAGAGUGUGAACAGUUUCAAAAGGAACCAUCUCCUACUAAUAGGAAGGCACACCUUGGAGAUAUUCUGGGUUCAGUUCCAGACCACCACAAUAAAGUUAGUCAGAUGAAUUCCCUUGAACGAGAAUUAGAAACAAUUCAUUUGGAAAAUGAAGGCCUGAAAAAGAAACAAGUAAAACUGGAUGAGCAGCUAAUGGAGAUGCAGCACCUGAGGUCCACUGUGAUGCUUAGCCCAGCCCCUCAUGCUUGGGAUCUGCAGCUGCUCCAGCAACAAGCCUGUCCAAUGGUUCCCAGGGAGCAAUUUCUGCAGCUUCAAUAUCAGCUGCUACAGCCAGAAAGGAUAAACCAGUGCCUGCAGGAGGAACUUGAAAACAGGACUUCUGAAAUCAACACACCACAGGGAAACCAGGAACACCUGGUAACUGUCAUGGAGGAACGAAUGAUGGAAGUUGAACAAAAAUUGAAACUGGUGAAAAGGCUUCUUCAGGAGAAAGUGAAUCAGCUCAAAGAACAACUCUGCAAGAAUACUAAAGCAGAUGAGAUGGUGAAGGAUUUGUAUGUGGAAAAUGCCCAGUUGUUGAAAGCUCUGGAAAUAACUGAACAGCGACAAAAAACAGCAGAGAAGAAAAAUUACCUCCUAGAGGAGAAGAUUGCCAGCCUCAGUAAUAUAGUCAGGAAUCUGACACCAGCACCAUUGACUUCUACACCUCCCUUAAGAAGUUUCAUUUGGGAGCUUGUCUUCUAAGAAAUGGAUAAAGCCACAUUCUUAAAGCAUUUGAACUAUAGGGUAAGCACUGAACAAACUGCUUUGGAGUAAACAGCUACUCCUAGAAGAGAGAGAAGCAAACCAUGUGGGUUUUUCUCUCUCUAAAAUCUUGGAUUUCAUGAACUUAUAUUUGGGGUUGCCUCAAGAACUCAGGGAACAAUACUUUAAGACGUCUUCCUGAAAUACUGUAGGGCCUCGUUAAGAAUUUGAAAUGUAUAAACCAUGUGACCUUAUUUAUUUGUCAUAUAUUUAGAGCCAUAGUGGGAUUUUUAUUUCUACAUUUUUAGUGAAUUUAAUUUUCUGGAAAAAGGCCUUGAUUUUAGAGUUAAAAACCUCUUCUAACAUAUGGAAGAGUUAUUGUUUGCUUGUUUAAUAUAGGUUAAAAUUUCCAUGCUUCCUAUUCCUCUGCACCUCAAAUCUGAUCAUAAGAAUUUCUUACUGUGAUAAGCAUUCGCAUGCCAUCUGGGGUGUAAAGGAGUGCCAAAUAGGAUUUUUCCAUUCAAUCUCAAGACUAGAACAUUAUAGAACAGUAAACAUUUUGAAUAACUUUUUUCCCCAGGUAAAAUCUCUGCUUCUAGCCUACUUCAGCCAGGAGUUGGUUGGUAAAGAACUUACUAUGUGGGACACAAACAGAGCUCAUCACAGCCACCUGUUUGUUUUUGUGGAAGAGUAAUUAGAUCAGAAAAAUUCACUUUGAUAUAUUUCAGGAAAGCCAAGCCCAUCAAUUUAUAAGAGGUAUCACAGCAAAAUCAAACAUUGCCUUAUGGGCAGGAACAAAAGAUGAAGCAAACUGCUUAAGAAGCCACGUCAGAAACUCAAUAUCAACAAAAUAAUUUGCAUUAAGGAACUUUAGAGUUCCUUGGGCCUAACCAUAUACUAUUAGUCCUACCUGCCAACACAGGAGUCCUUGCUACAAGAGCCCUGACAAGGCAAGGUCAUCUGUGGGACUGGGAGUUCACGCUUCAGAAGCAGACCUUUUCACUUGUGAACAGCUCUAUUAUCAGAAAUUCCUGAUUUUCCCCUGGAAAAGAAUUAAUUUUAAUCCCUCCCUAUAAUUAUACUUCAAAGCAUUUGAUAUCUGCUGUCAUGCCUCCCCUAAUCAUUUUUCUCCAUUGCAAACAUUACUAGUAAACUCAACUACUUGUAUGGCAUUGACUUUAACACUUAAAACUGUGGAUAGGCCUAAGUUAAGGUCAUAAAUAAACUAAGCACCUGUGGUGUAUUUAUGUGAAAUGCUUUAAGUUAUUCAAGGUUUUUGCUAUCAGAACUGAACACCAAGAAUAUUUCUCAAAUAGAUGGCUUACCAUAUGAUCACAUGUGUUGUAUUUUUUAUCUUUAUUUUUUACAUUAUGAAAAGUAUAGGUUAAUUUGUUUCUUAUAAAUCUGUAUGUGUAUAUAAAGUGUUGUACAAUGAAUGUAAAUAUGACUUCUGGAAAAUUUUAGACUACAUUUAGAAUCCCUUUAUCUAAAAUCAAAAUGCUGCUCAAAUGAAAGUUAAUUUAACUAACACCUCGGUGCUUACUUCUUGCUUCAUCACUGCACUCAUAAAAUUGGAAAAAAGAUCAAUACAAGAAAUAUAUAGUUACCUUAAAUUAUAUAUUUGUGCAGCAGAUUAUUUUUGUAGACUAGAGUGGGAAUUUAACUGGCAAUUUAUAAUAUAGCUUACAGCUUUUAAAAGGCCUUUUAAAGAGAUUAAAUGUAAACUAUUAAAUGUUUAGAUUUUGCUUUCAGACUUUAUAAUAGAACUCUUUACAGUCACCUUAUAUAUCUUAUAGGCAUUUAACUCCUCAUUUAUUAAAAGUACUGGUUGUUAAAUUCUCUUGAUAAGAACAGUUAGUUAAAUUAGUCUUAGGAGAUAGGAUCUUCAUUUCAAGGAAAGAGAAUCAAGUUUGCCUUUGUGAUAAUGUUACCCUUAGAAAAGGAAAGUGUGGAUAAUAAAACCUACAUUGUUCUAUUUUGCUUUCUUCUGCUUUUUAGAAGCCUGAGCUAUUAAGUUCAAAUUUGUGAAGGGAGAGAAGUAGAAGAGGAGGGGUAGAACAAUCACAGUAUUUAUUUUUCUAAAACUUAAUAAACCCAGAUUUUUAAAAACUAUUUUAAAUGUGAAUUCUUCCCGGAAGCUUCAAAUGCAUUGUUUAUAUAGUUAACCUUAAACAUAAGUAGAUCACAGUCAUAGGCUUUCAAGGUUUAUGAGGAGUUCUUACAGGUCUAGUAUUUCAAUAAUGUACCAAUACCCAGGGCAGGUAUUAUGAUGAGGAACUUUUGUUUUUUUAAGAAUGAAUAAGACUUUAUGGUGGACUUUAACGUGUGUAAAUGAAUUUUUUAUUUUUGUGAUUUCUUUUUUUCUGAGUAAAGGAAAAGAGAAAUGUGUUCCUAUUGUCAGCAUCUUAAAGGUAGUCUCACUCAAGGCAAGGCUAAGUGCUUCGUGAUAAUAUUAAGCAAGUCUUGUUUUGAACCGAUUACCUAAUGACUCACUAGAAUGAUAUAAAUUAUACAAGUUAUGCCAAAACUAAGUCAAAACCUAAUAACCAAAGCAUUCCUUAUUUAAAACUUAUUCACUAUAUCAUGUUUGGACCUAUUCGAACAUCUCAGCCCUGUAAAACAGUUUUGGUUUUAUGACAUAUGGAUAGUGGUUUAAUAAUAAAUCCAAGUUAGCUUUUUGUUUCUCAGCUUUUUUUGAAUGAUGUACAUUAAAUCUAUUCUUAUUGGAAGACAUUAUCACAGCAUGAUUGAAGGGAACAUUGGUUUUAUAAAGGAAAACCUCAGUUCAUCGAUAGCCAUUACUAGGAUUCUUUUCAUAUAAAGAUUAAUGCUUAUGUGUUUAUAUCGACUUUGUAUAUUUCAUCUUAGCCAUUCUAUACUAUAAAGAUUUUACCAUGAGCUUAAAAUGUAAAUAAAUAAUUUUGCAAAUAUG